GCCUCGUCCCCUCCCUCAACCCCCUUCUCCCGGCAGGUGACACCACGGAGGGACGGGGCUGGGAACGUCCCGAGCCAGCAGCGAUGUCGGAGAGCGUGGCUGAGGCGCCGGGAACCGGGAGCCCCGCGGCCCUGGGCGAGACGGGCACCAGCCAUGAGCUGCUGCAGCGGCUGCGGGAGCUGGAGGCGGAGAACUCGGCCCUGGCCCAGGCCAACGAGAACCAGAGGGAGACGUACGAGCGCUGCCUGGAUGAGGUUGCCAACCACGUGGUGCAGGCACUGCUCAACCAAAAGGACCUGCGUGAGGAGUGCAUCAAGCUGAAGAAACGGGUGUUCGAGCUGGAGCGGCAGAACCAGGCGCUGAGCGACCUGUUCCAGCAGAAGCUGCAGCUCUCCACCGGGUCCCUGCCCCAGCUGCCGCUGCACCCGGUGCUGGUGCCCCCGGACACCCCGGUCAUGCCCCAGCCGUGCUCUGCAGAGCAGCCACCCCCACCACUGCCCCCCAGUCUCUGCGUGCCCCUGCCCGAGGUGCUGCCGCCGGUGCCGUCGGGCAGCCCCGGGCUCAGCCCCGGCGCCCCCCCCUUGGACGCCCUGUCCCCCUUCUUCAAGAAAAAAGCCCAAAUCCUGGAGGUGCUGCGCAAGCUGGAGGAGACGGACCCGCUGCUGGGGCCCCCCCCGGCCUCCCCCGGCUCCCCCGAGCCCUGCGCAGCCCCGGGGGGGCCGCCACGGGGGGCUCUGCUCAGCGCCUUGGCCGAGCGGCUGCUGCGGGGCGAGGGGGGCGGCUGCUGCCGGCGCAACGGCGAAGCCCCCGGGGGACCCCCCCGGCAGCGGCACGGGGACCACCCCGCGUUCCUGGGGCUCUGCGCCCCGGGCGAGGAGACCCCCGAGGGGGCCUUCACCCCGCUCUCGCCCGGGGGGGUCCCCAACGCCCUUCCCUCCCCCGCCAAGGCGCUCAAGCUGCCCCCCCCACCCGGGGGGCUGCGCCUCAGCCCCCAGGUCGCCCACUCCUCCAAGAUCCCGUGUCGCGGUGCCCACCCCGAGGCCUCGCCGGGGCUCAGCCGCCGCGCCUCCCCCGACGCCCCCCCGGAGCCUGGCUCCCCCGAGCCCCCGUCCUUCCCCCUACCCCGCACCUUCGAGGAGGCCGAGCAGCUCCCCGGGCCCCCGGGACCCCCGACCGGUGCCGAGCGGGCGGCCGCCUCCCCCCCCAGCUCCCGCCGCGGCACGGGGGGCUCGGCCCCCUCCCGCCGCCCCGGCAAGAAGCCCCCCGAGCCGGGCUACCUGCCCUUCAAGGAGCGCCUGGCGGCCCUGGGCAAGCUGCGGGGGGCUGAGGGCCGAGAACCCCCCGGCCCGGGGCGGCCUGAGCGGGGCCACGGGGCCGAGCCGCGCCCCCCACCCCGGGCGGGCAUGGGGGGCAGCCUCAAGCACCCCGAGCCGGCGCACGGCACUGAGCCCCUGGCCCGCUGCUACUCCUCCGGCUCCAUGGGCGACCCCGGCAAGGCGGGGGGCAAGGGGCGCGUGGCCACAGGCAGGACCCCCCCGCGGGCCCCCCCGGCGCCCCCCGCCAAGUCCUCCCGCAGCCCCCACGGCAGCCCCACCAAGCUGCCCACCAAGGCGGGCGCCGGCAAAGCCGGGGCGCCGCGGGGCGAGGAGCCUUCGGGCGCCAAGGCGGGCGGGGGCCCCCACAAACCCCCCGCGGCCCCCGAGCCCACGGGACCGGCCCCGGGCGCCGCGGGGCACUCGGCCAUCGAGGAGAAGGUGAUGAAGGGCAUCGAGGAGAACGUGCUGCGGCUGCAGGGGCAGGAGCGGGCGCCGGGCGCCGAGGCCAAGGGCAAGGCCGGGCUGGCGAGCUGGUUCGGGCUGCGGCGCAGCAAACUGCCCGCGCUCAGCCGGCGUGGGGACGGCGGGCGCGGGCGCGAGUGGGCCGGGACCCCCGCCCCGCUGCGCAGGGAGGUCAAGUUGGCCGCCCGCAAGCUGGAGGCCGAGAGCCUCAACAUCUCGAAGCUGAUGGAGAAGGCGGAGGACCUGCGGAAGGCGCUGCGGGAGGAACACGCCUUCCUGCAGGGGCUGGCGCUGGAGAAGGGCAGACCCCGCGGGCCCCCCCGCGGCCCCGGCCCCCUCCCCGUCAUGUACCAGGAGGUGACGGCCGAGACCUUCAUGCAGCAGCUGCUGGACAGGGUGGACGGGAAGGACGUUCCCUACGAGACCCGCCUGGAGCACAAGCGGGAGCUCUGUGACCUCCGGAGGGUCCCCCCCGACGCCAAAGACCCCCGGCUGUGCCGCCCGCCCCGCAACGGCAUCGUGGGGCACCUGAGGGAGCCCCCGGACAAGGUGCCGGACGUGGGGCUCCGGGACGAGCUGCCCUCGGACGAGAGCUUGUCCGAGUCGGGGACAUCGCAGCACUUCGCCGCCUGUGGGUCGCUGACGAGGACGCUGGACAGCGGGAUCGGGACCUUCCCGCCCCCCGACUACGGGGGGGUCCCAGCCAAGAGCACCCCCAAACCGCGGGGCCGCCCCGAGGCGCUGCCCGGAGCCGUGCCCGCCGCCGCCACCAAAGUGCCGCGCAAGGCCCGGACGCUGGAGCGGGAGGUGCCCAGCGCAGAGGAGCUGCUGGUGCCCCCCAAACACCGGAGCGCCCCCGGGGGCCGCCCCCCGGCCCCCCCCGGCCCGCACGGGCACCGCGCCGCGCCCCAAGACACCGGGGAUGACACCGGGAAGCCGCGGCGUGUCCAGCAGAGCAAGAACUGGACCUUCCCCAACGCCAAAGCCUGCGGUGCUGCCGACCCCUUCCUGUGCCCCUCUGGGGGGCUGGAGGGGCUGCACCGGCCCGUGCAGGCGCCCGUGUGCAGCCCAACCAGGCAUCGAGGGGCGUCCCCCGAGGCCCCCCCGCCGCUGCCCCCCGCCCUGAGCGCCAGCAGCAGCCGGACCCCCAGCGCCUCAGACGUGGGGGACGAGGGCAGCACAGAGGCCCGGUCCCGGGACGGGGGGCACGGCCCCCCCGGGCUGGAACACUCUGAGUCCCUCAGCGACUCGCUCUACGACAGCCUCUCCUCCUGCGGCAGCCAGGGCUGAGCCCCCCCCGGCCGCGCUCCCGCGUCUUCCACCCCCUCCCUGCUGCUCCCGCUCCCGCUCUGGGGGUGAUGCCUGGACUGGGGGGUCCCGCUUUCCCCAGCCCCCCCCCCCUUUCUCCUGGCUCUCUCCGAUGGUGCUAUGGCCCUGUACAGCCCCCACCGAUGGGUUUUUAACUCAAUAAAGCU